AUGGCGAAGCUGGCCGACACCGAGUCGGUUCAAUCCCCGGCCUCAAAAACGCUCGGGUCGAAGCUCAAGAAUGCGAAGAAAUCCACAGACGAGACCAUUACAGACGUACAGCCUGCAGAAGUCGACACCAAUGACAAAGAUACCAAGUCCGACAAGAAAGACAAGAAAAAGCGCAAGAAGUCUUCCUCCGAGGACGCUGGACCCGAAACCGAUGGUGAACUGAAGAAAAAGAAGAAGCGCCGCCACGCCGAAGACGACGACGAGAAGAAGGAAAAGGACUCUGAAUCAAAGAAGAGUAAAAAGAAGCGUGUGUCUUUUGGACCUGGGACAAAGGAGAACGACGGCGACGACAGUGACUCCGAUGAUGUCGACAUGGACGAUGCUGCUACCACCGACGGAGCUGAGGCAGACACCGAGGACAAGGAGAAUGACAAGGAAGUUGAAGAGAUGAAGAAGCGCAAGCGUGAGAAGAAGAAGUCGAAGAAAACUGGCACUGCCACGCCCCAGGCCCAAGUCCACGAGACUCCCAUUCUCUCCUACCUUAGCCACUACCACCGAGCACGCGCUACCUGGAAGUUCCAGAAGAACCGCGAAACCAACCUCUUCAAGCACCUGUACUCACUGGAGCAUGUUCCCUCCCAGUACAACACUUCGCUCCUGGCAUACAUGCAAGGACUCCGUGGUGAUGCCGCAAAGCAACGGUUGAGCGAUGCUGCGAGGGAUGUGAUCAAGGACGACAUGAAGCUUGACAAGCCUAAGGACGACGAAUCAGUGGAAAACCAGGAGGAACCCACAAACACCGGCUACACUGAAGCUAUCAACUCGUUCCGUGAACAUUUGCCAGAAGCAGAUGAGGAGCUGGACAGUAUCAACAUUGGAGAAGACGUGAGCGCAGAGUUCCAGAAGCGUUUGCCGAAGAGACAGCGAGCGGAACUGGUCUUUUUCGCUGUUGCCGGCAAGCUCUUCAGCGCCGAAGAUGCCAAGCCCAAGCCCAGACCCAAGUCUACGGAGCCCAAGAAGCGGAAGAACAGAACCGUCGUUGUUGAUAUCAGCAGCAGUGAUGAAAGCACCUCGUCCAGCGGUAGCAGCAGCGACAGCGACAGUGACAGCGAUGAUUCCGAUGCGAAGGCUCCUGCGCCUACCCCUGCUAAGCAAGCUGCAGUGGUCACUCUGUCGAAGAAGGAAAGCAAGGCCGACAAGAAGAAGAAGAACUUGCAGGCCCGUGACGAAAACCCUAAGCCCGCGCCUGUGCCCAAGGUCCCUAAGAAGACUCAAAAGCGCAAGCUUAGAACUGCUCAGAUUGAGAUCUCGAGCAGUGAAAGCGACAGUGAUUAG